AUGCCUACUCAAUUUCUCAAAGACCGGGUGCUUGCUGCCGCAGGUCCUCUUCCUGGCCAGUUGACAAUCGAGAACAUGAAGCGAUGGACUUCGCUGCGAAAAGGCGUCUUCCUCGAAGACUUUGACGACAACGUCACUCAUCUUCUCUGCACCAAGGAGCAGUUUGACAAUAAGGUUCCUAGAGUCAAGGAGGCACUGAAGCGCAAGAGAGUCUACAUUGUCCACUGCGACUGGUUCGAGUUCUCGACAACCAAGAACAAAAGACUGGCAGAGGCAGAUUAUUCCAUGAGGAGCCUCCAGGCGAAGGAAAAUGCAAAGAGACGAGAGAGGGAGCGAAUCGAGAAGGGCAGAAGGAAUAGCCAGAAAUUUGUCAACACAAACUUCUUCCACCUCUACAGGGAUCGAGAGAACUUUGUCUAUGAGGUUGACAUCACUCGAGAUGAUCCUGAAACCGGCGAGCCUGGGCAGAAGUACACACUCUAUCUGUGGGAAUCCAACCCCAAGCCUCACCUGUACCGAUUUACAGCCAAGUUUCUUAAGCGGAAAGGAAGCUCUCAGCCAUCUUACUUCUGCCCCAGCCCUUGCGAAGGCAAGUGGAGGGGCGAGAUGGAUCUCUUCAUGGACUUUUUCAAGAAGAAGACGGGCGUUGACUGGCUAGAUCGAAUAACCUACGCCUAUACAGGGUUGAACGCGUCAUUUCAGUACACUCCCCCAGCUGAAGGAAGGCCCGUUGGUCGGCGUCUACGACAUAGCCUUGACUAUUGUCGAGAGAUCAACGCGCAUAUUCGAGGAUUGCCCUGGCCUCCUGUCAAGGACGCGGAGGUCAGGAGUAUUCAAACAGAGGACGAUGACGAUGCUGGCCCAAGGAACUUCGACGAUGACGAUGAGAUUCCUGACCCACCUCCUGACACUGAGCACGUUCCAGCAGAACACGAGCCUGCCGUCACUACCAUGGAGGUUGAUGAAGCAGAGCCUCGUAGGGAAGGACAUCAAGGAAGACUCGAAACGCCUCCUCAUGAUAUAGGAGAAGAACCCGAGACUGCGCUUACAAGUCCGAUUCUGCCUGCUCCCAGCGACACAUCUCCAGUCAAGCCUGCAACUCCAGCACCAUCGAAUGACGGUAAUGAGGAGCCCGAGGUGCCCGUAGAUAUUCCUGUAACUGGCGACGAGGAAAGCAGCAUAGCUUCUUUGAUGGAACUCGAGUCACAGGAGUCCGAAACUACUCCUGCAAUCACAGAUUCGCCUGCUCUUGACGACGGUCCUUCCGCCAAGCUUGCUGCACCAGAACCAUUAGGCGAUGCCAAUGAUGUCGGCGAGAAAGCCAACGAUACCCCUGAAUCCCAAGUCGAGGAAACUGGCGUAGGAAUUUCGUUGGAAGUCAAAUCACAGAAGCCCGGAACUACGAUUGCAAGCCCAGAUCCGUCUACUCUCGGUAACACUUCGUCCGCUAGCCCUGCUACUUCUGCUGCCCCAGCACCAUCCAAAGAUAGUAGUGAGAACCCAGAGCUAUUCGCAAGCAAUCGCAUGGUACGUGACAAGGCGACUGGUAUGUGGAUUUCGUUGGAAUUCGAACCACGAGAGCCCAUUUGA